UGUAGGUGGUGAACAUUGUUGUAGCCUAUGAGCGACAGUGAGGACACCGGAGAGGACGACCGCAGGAUCUUGCGAUCAGCUAGAGGCCCGAUAUCUCACGUGUCCCCAGGACCGGGGGGUGAUAGGGAACUGUUCCGCCGGCAGCGGGAGAGGCAGCAGCAAAGGAGAGCUAGAGCAGCCGAGGCUAGCAGGGCAUUGGCUAGCGAGGCCGGUGCUACAGCAGCCAUGGCUACCACAACCAUGAGCACGUCUGCACAGCAGACUUCCCCAGCCGGUAGUUCAGGUACCGCCGGGUCUACGGUCGCGCAGACCGUGAGUCAAUCCACUAGCUUAAUGGCAAGCCACCCCACGGUGUUGACCCCAGAGGAUGUCGCCAUCCAGCAGGCAGCCCUGCAAGAGGCACAGCUACAGCAGGCCUUAGGACAGAUAAAAACAGAGAAGGAAAUGAUGAUUAGAAGAAAAACCAGGUUGCAACGAAGAGUGGCAGAUAUAGAGGAGUUAGAGACGAUGGACCUGACGCAUAUGGAUGAUGAUGUGAAGGUAGUUUGGAGGGCCCUGCUAGGCGUAAUUGAGAUGCAGGAGCAUCAAACUACCAUCCUUCAGGACAUUCAACAAAGUCUAGCCGUGUUGGCAGGCCGUGCUCAGGCAGCACCAUCACCAGCAGGGCCUGGUGCCUGGCCCGUGCCAUAUCCUCCUUUUUCUGUCCCACCGGUGACAGGGGUAUCCCCAUAUGUAGCCCCUUCAACGGUUGCAAUAGUUUCCCUGGGCAUGCCGCUAUCAGGAGGGGUAACAGCAGGGAGUAGUUCACAGGUUCCUGUACAGACAGUGUUUACUCCAAGUCCUUCACAGGUUGCAGUCACCACGCAGCCUGCUGUCUCGCAGCCAGUGCAGCCUCAGGGCACACAACCCCAUCAGCUAGCACAACAACCUGUUUCACCAGGUCCACAGCCCGGAUUGAUGCAGGGACAGGUACAGACACAGUGGGUUCCAAAGACGGCCAUCGCCGCUCCCAAACCUUUCACAGGGGACAAGAGAGGCGAGGACCUCGACACAUGGUUGAGGGCAGUGCCGGUCUACGUCAGGUGCAAACUCACCUUGCCGCACAAAGAAGUGUUUGUGGCUGCGUCUUACCUCGAGGGUAGUGCAACGAGAUGGUUGAGUGGUUUCGUACAACUUCAAGGAUACGGUCAUGACUUCCGCACUUGGGCGGCCUCCCAGAAAUUGGAGGACUUCAUGAAGAUGGUGGAGGAGAGGUGGCAUGAUCCUCAGGAGGCUCAAAGGGCCACUGACGCGAUCCUGACACUGCACACGCGGCAGUUUAAGUCAGUAAGGGAAGCCACCGACGCUGUUGAGCGUUUGAUCUGUGUCCCUGGGGUACGCUAUGAUCCUCAAGUCCUGUUGACUUCGUACCUGAGAUGUUUUUCACAGCCUCUCAGGAACCAGUUGGCAAAAGAGGCCAACAUCAAUAUGCACAACUUCCCUUCAUUUAGCAAGGUGGCCCUAGACCUGGAAGCAAAGAUAGGGCAUGGACAGACACCCAUUACGGAAGGGAGAAAGAAGACACUGCCUCCCAACUGGAAGGCGAAAGGAUGCAUCAUGUUUGUCGACAACGAUGGAUCAACCAUCGAGUUGGACGGCAACUUCCAGGAGGGAGUAGGUGCAGAGGCGGGUGGCGAAACUUCAGAGGGUGGAGUAGUCGCCGCCGUAACCCAGCAAAAAGGUAAAGGGACCGGUAGAUGCCCUAGGGGAUCCCGGUCGAAGAGUCAAACAGACCCCAAUGCUCCUCCAUGGGAGAAAGCGGGUCUAUCUGAGGACGUGUGGAGAGAUCGGUGGGCACGGCAAGCUUGUAUCAAGUGUGGCCAAUAUGGUCAUAGCAUAUACAAGUGCCGCAACAGGAAGGUCACCGAGAAGAUCCCGCCCACUAUGGGGCCGGCGUUCAAGAUCAACUGUGAGAAAUGCGAGUUUGGCCGCACCCGUGUCUUGUACUUGGGUCAUGAGAUCUCUGCGGAAGGGUUGAAGCCCGAUGACGCGAAGGUGGCUAGCAUUCGUGAUUGGCCACGUCCUCAGUCUGUGACUGAGAUGAGAUCUUUCUUAGGAAUGACAGGCUACUAUAGGACUUUCGUUAAGAACUACAGCAUAGUGGCCGCUCCUUUGACCGAUUUGACCCGCCUUGACACCCCUUGGGAGUGGACAGAUAAGUGCGAGGCUGCUUUCAGACAUCUGAAGCAUGCAUUGACGCACAAUGAAGUCUUGAAACUUCCUGAUCCUGACAAGCCGUUUAUAGUCACAACGGAUGUCAGCCAAUAUGGCAUUGGCGCCGUGCUUGCGCAGCAGGAUGGGCCAAAGUUGAGGCCAGUAGAGUACAUGUCCAAGAAAAUGUCGUCUCAGAAGUUGGCUAAGUCCAGUUAUGAGAAGGCACUCUAUGCGGUGUACAAGGCUCUCACCCAUUGGAGACACUACCUCCUUGGGCGGUUCUUCAUCCUCCGGACUGAUCAUCAGACCCUGAGAUGGAUGAGAACACAACCGGUACUCUCUGACGCUCUCAAGCGUUGGAUCGAAGUCAUUGAGCAAUAUGACUUUGACCCUCAGUAUAUUAAAGGGGAGUACAACAAGGUUGCUGAUGCCUUGUCACACAGACCGGACUUCUCAGGAGCGCUGAUUACUGAGUUCGAUUUGACGGACGAUGUGACUCAGUCUUUGGUGGAAGCCUAGCGUCAGGACCAGUUUAUGUCUAAGAUUAUACGCAGACUUGAGGCGAAGGAUAAG